AUCGAGAGGAAUCGUGGAUAUCAUAUAAAUAUGGCCAAUAACUCAGACGGUAGUUAUCAUGUAGAUGUUGUAUUCAUGCCCACCCGAAAUGUGAAUCAUAGUAUUCAUUCUUAUGUGAAUGGGAAUGAAAAACAAGAGAUACUUUUUAUCAAAAUAUGGACAAAUGGAAGUUUAACUCCUAAAGAAGCACUUCAUGAAGACUCUCGGAAUUUGAUUGAUUGAUUUAUUCCCUUUUCACAUGCAGAAGAAGAAAACUUCUAUUUCGAAAACAAUCAACACAAAGUUACUUUACCCCUUUUUACUUUUCAUGGUAAAUUGGCUAAUCUAAGAAAAAGUAAAAAAGAAAUCACAUUGAAAUAUAUUUUUAUUGACCAAUUAGAAUUCCCCCCCCCCCCCGGGGUCUAUAAUUGCCUCAAAAGGUCCAACAUACAUACAUUAUUGGACCUUUUAAAUAACAGUCAAGAAGAUCUUAAAAAAAAAUUGCGCAUAGAAGAUGUAAAACAUAUAUUAAAUAUUCUAGAAAUAAAAAAGAAUUUCAAAUAA